AUUAAUAUGUAUCAUUCACAAGAAAAUAUUGACAAUAGUGCUCAUGAAUCCAAUUUAACUGGAUUCACUAAUCAUAAAUGCAAUAGGUUAUCGCAACCAACUGCAGAAACUUUUAUUCAAGCGGAAAAUAUUAACUGCAACGAUCCUUCUUGUAACUGUAAUUAUGAUGCUUCCGCGAUGAAUAAUAAUAAUUUUUCUGUUGCGCAUGCGACCAUUUCUCUUGAUCAUAGUACUAUGUCUCACAGUAUUUCAAACAAUAACGACAUUAUUUCUCCUGGCAAUACUAAUUAUCAGCAAUCAAUUUUUAAUGACGGUUCAGACAAUAAUAUUAAUAUCUCUCCCAACGACAAAUAUCAGCAAUCUAUGUUUAAUAAUACUACUUCACCUCCGCCACCACAAUUCCACCCGCAAUACAUUGAUCAAAAUUCGCCUCAAACUAAUGUCUUUCCUUCACUUAAUUCACUUGGUAUUGUUAUAAAUUCUCCUCAAACAUACGUUAUCAUUAUGCCAAAUCGUCAACAAGAUUUUUACCCGAAUCAUUCUAUCACUGAUAAUUUACAAACUCAAUUUAAACAAUAAAUUAAAAAAUAUGUAGAAAUUUAGGAUAUUGAGG